AUGCGCGCAGAGAUUUGCGUGUUAUUGGGUCUUUGUUGUGGUGUGGCGUGGGGAACGAUCGACUCGCACACCGUUCAUGUCUAUCAUUCAUCAGCUUUUGAUCAAAAUGAGCUGUGCUCGGCUCGAGGAUGCGGUCAAGGAUUCAUCUGUUUCGUCGCCGUCGAUAAAGCACUUUGUGUGAAGAGAGAAGUUGCCAGAGAAAAACUUGGCAAACACAAGUACAUUGAGCACGGAAACGAUGAAGAGUUGCUGAGAAAGAAGCACCAGCACAAUCUCCUUUCGGAUGCGGCGAAACACGAGAGACAAGAGAAACAUUUGUGUUCCCGCUCGGAGCUUGACUCGAUUGGUGGUCGCUUGAUGCAAUGGUUCAAAGAUAUGCACAGAAUUCACGACGGAAAAGAUGUUUCAUUAAAAAAACACAAAGUAGCCUGUCGGCCUGAUGUCGCAUGGAUGUUUGAACAAUGGGAUGGAAAUGAUGAUGGACAACUCUCACAAAAAGAGUUGAAGCCAAUCGAGGGAAACAUGAAAGAGCCGUGCCUCACGCAUUUCUUCGAUCUAUGCGAUGACAUGGUGAUCGAUGGAGAGAUUUCGGUGGACGAAUGGUGCGAUUGUUUUUCGUUUUCCGAUGAUUACCGCCACGAACCCCCAUGCCAUAAAGAGAAGCAUCACGCCGAUCCACAUGUCCCAGGAGUUUUCAUUCCUCGUUGCGAUCUCGAGGGUUUCUAUCAGCCAGAGCAAUGUCACGGUGGGCAAUGUUGGUGUGUUGACAAGUAUGGGCGUGAGUUUGAUCAAAGUCGCGUUCAAGGAGAGCUCCCCGAUUGUGGACAAUAUGGUUCCGAGUUGAGCUACGAAGAAGAGGAGGAUCUCCACGCUCGAAUG